ACACAACUCUUGGAACUGUUGGUCGGUGAAUGGUGAUGGGCGUGGAAUUAUUUUUUAUGGCUCCUCUAUUGCGGAUUUGAUGCAUUGAAUUGCAUUAUAUAGUUUGCCAAUAUACCAUACCGUUGAUACUGUUGUAAAGGACAAUUUGCAGACACACACAAGCUCCGGCUCGCUCAGGAAGCGCAGUAUGGAGCGCAAAUUCACCCGCGUGCUGGCCCGGCCCGGCAUGGCCGCCCAGCUGCGGGAGAACGUCAGUCAGGCCGUCAAGGAGACCACCAUUCAGACGCAGCGGCACAUCACCGAGCCCCUCGACUACGAGGGGUACGUGUCCAAGAACAUGACCAUUCUGCGGAACGACCCGCACCGCGAGCUGCUGCUCUUCCCACUGGACGAUGUGGAGCAACACGUGCGCGAGCAGCACGGCUCGGCGCUGGGCACUCCUCUGGAGCAGCUGGCUCUGCAGCAGGCCGACAACCACAUGAUCCGCGAGUGUCUGGAGACGUACACGGCCCGACUGGUGUCAGUGAAGUAUAAAUACGACGCGUUCGCGGCCACCUACCUGCAGCUGCCCAGGUUUCCGCGCACGCCUCCGCUGCCGCCGUACGUAUGUGAGUCCGACCUGGACAUCGACUGUACCGACUCCAUCGAGGUGCAGUCCGUCUCCAAGGCCGGCUACCUGCUGCGCGGCACAGACGGAGCCGGCGACAAGCUCUUCGCCAAGUCCUUCAAACGACGCUUCGCCAGACUCAGGCAAGGCGUGGACGGCAACUACGUACUCGAGUUUUACAAGGACUCCAAGUCGUCAGAGAGCAAAGGUGCCAUCCCGCUGGACCUUGUCAGCGAUGUGGUCAAGGCGCCGAAGCGGGGCAAGUUCUGUUUCGAGUUGCGGUCGACAGAUGGCGGUAAGGGCCACGUGCUGACGGCGGAGACGGAGGCGGACCUGCAGGAGUGGCUGGACACGGUCAGCCGGGCGGUGGCGCUCACCAGGGAUGACCGGCUGUCGGUGACGUCAGAGACGGUCUCCACCACCGACGGACCCGGCACGCCGGCUCUGGGUCCUCCGCCGGCCGAUGACCGUUUCAGCACGCUGCGGGGUCUGGACCAGAGUCUGAACCCACAGCUGAACCGGUACGCGCACGAGACGGACUACCUCAUCGGACAGGCGCGCUCCGAGGGCCGCCUGCCCGUCUUUCAGCUCUAUCCAGACAUACAGUCGACACCUCUGUCAGUGGCGUCCAGUGAGGACCACCUGCGUACCGAACCGUUCUCAGAGGUGCACGGUGUCACCGUGUUAGUCCGCUGUGAGAGCCUCCAGUUCCGACUGCAGAUGGCCGUCGACGAGACCGGAGACAACAUGUCACAGAUUGAGCCCUAUUUCGCCUCAUUAUGUCUCUACGACGCGAAGCAGGGCCGGAAAAUAUCGGAGGAUUUCUUUUUCGACGUGAACGAGCCCUACAUUCGAAAUCUCCUGCCAAAGAGCAUCUCAAAGAACAAGUCCCGGGGCGCGUGCCUGCUGCCGGACCUGACCCACGCGCCGCUGGAGUGGCUCUCCUAUCCCAGACAGGCGCUGUUUACGGUGCAGCAGCCUCACAGUGAGAUAUUUCUGGUGGCGCGCAUUGAGAAGGUGCUGCAGGGCGCUGUCUCGGUCAGCUGCGACCAGUACUGCCGGACGGCCGACCCCAAACACGUGGCCAAAAUGCACCACCAGGUGCGACAGUCGUGCGACAGACUGGGCGGCUACCGGAUGCCGUUCGCGUGGACGGCGCGGCCGCUGUUCCGCUCCACGGCCGACCUGGACCCGGCCGACUUCGGCGCCCUGUACCGACACGAGCCCAACAGGAUGACCGAGGAGGACGUGCUCAAACUGCUGCAGGACUGGAGAAAGCCGGACAAGCUGAGUCGUCUGGCGGUGAUCCCCGGCUCUCUGAAGGUCACCGUUCAGAUACACAGCGGGCAGACCAUCAACAACUGUCUAUCGCCGUCUCUGGUGCCUCUGAAGCCGUUCCCGGUCCCGCCGUCGUGCCCGCCGACUCUGAAGCUGCAGAGUCUGCCGGCGCCGGCGCCGGAGCUGGCCGUCCCGCACACCGGCUACACCAACCUGCUCUACGUCUACCCGCGCCGGCUCAAAUACGACGCGCAGAAGACGUUCAAGGCGCGCAACAUCGCCUGCCGCGUGGAGCUGCGGCAGGGGGACGACGAGAACGCUGCGCCGCUUGAGUGUUUUUACGCUCGUCCGGGCCAGGGGUGCAGCUACACGACCAGCCAGCUGACCUCGGUGCUGCACCACGAGACGACGCCCAGCUGGGGCGGCGAGGUGAAGCUGGCGUUGCCGCUGGCGGUGGACGAGCGCCACCACCUGCUCUUCACCUUCUACCACGUCAGCUGUCAGCCCAAGCCGGCCAAGCGCGGCCAGGAGACGCCCGACGCCGUGGUCGGCUACAGCUGGAUACCGCUGCUCAGCAAGGGCAGGCUGAACCUGGACACGCAGACGGUGGCGGUGGCCGCUCACCUACCGCCCGGAUACCUGGCCGUCGAACCGCUGGGGCUCGGCAGAGGGGUAAGUCAGUACGCGGGCCCGGAGAUUCGCUGGGUGGACGGCCAGAAGCCGCUGUUCAAGGUCACCUUCCGACUGGUGUCCACCAUCUACACCCUGGACCAGCACCUGCACAACUUCUUCCUGCACGCGCACCGGCUGCGCGAGUCGCGGCUGCCGACUGUCUACAACUCGGAUAACGAGACCACCAAACAGGUCAAGGUGGUGCACCAUCUUCCCAAAAUACUCAAGGCGCUGCACGCGAUCGACGUGGCCACCCUGAUCCGGUUCCUGCCGACGCUGCUGAACCAGCUGCUGCGGAUCGUGGUCAGUACCGACUCGGACGAGGUGUUGCAGAACACGCUGCGCGUGCUCACACACGCCAUCACCACGCUGCACCAGGUCGGACGGCAGCGGCUCGUCGACAUCUACACUAGGCACGUGUUCUCUGAGCCGCGGCCGCCGCCGGCCGCCGGCCGGACCGUCCACGAGGCGCUGUGCCGCGGCCUCGCCCAGCUGCUGCAGCCCAGCAACAUGGACUUCCUGCUGGUUCACAAACUGCUCCGGCACGCCAGCUCGCUGUUCGACAUCAUCGUCAAGUCAAUGGCGCUCCAUCUCCUCAACUCGGGACGCAUCAAGAUGCAGCGUCACGAGCGGUUCUCGGCCUCGUUCAACACGCAGCUGGAGACGAUGCUGGAGGCCUUCUACCCGUACAUACUGCAAAAAUACAAGGAGCUGCCCAUCGAGACCCGCGAGGCCAACCGCAGCAUGGCGGCUCUGCUCAAGCGUUGUCUGAGUCUGAUGGACCGCGGGUUCGUGUUCCGUCUCAUCACCUCCUACCUGGAGAAGUUCAGUCUGGCCGACCCGCGCCUCCUCUGGGAGUACAAGUUUGAGUUUCUGCAGAUGGUGUGUGCGCACGAGCACUACAUUCAGCUGAACCUGCCCAUCUUCAGCCCGGCGCGGGUCACCGUCCGCUCGCUACAGGAUUUUGAGCAGCAGUACUUUAUGUCGGAGCAGUUCAGCGCCAAACACUACCUGACCGGUCUGAUGUUGCACGAGCUGCGGCUGGCGCUCAGUCAGAUCUCAGAGGUGCGACGGAUGGCCAUCCACGCCGUCCGAGAUCUGCUUGUCAAACACGCCUACGACGACCGAUACCAGACCAAGGGUCAGAAGUCUCGGAUCGCCACGCUGUAUUUCCCGCUGGUGGGUAUUCUGCUGGAGAACCUGCACCGGCUGGACGUGGCCGUCCCGGCCGCCGCCGCUGUGGGCGCGGGCGGGGGCGGUGCGGCGCCGUCCUCGUCAGCGGCCGUCAGCCGGGCGGCCUCACACCGCAGCACGGGCACCUGGCAGACGAGCAGCUCGUGGGUGAUGGCUGACGGCACCUCGUCCCUGGGAAACAGAAACAGGUUUUCGAUGACCCCCGAUUCGUCUUUGAACCACUCGCGGGCCACCCAGCGAGAGUCCACCUACCUAGCCUAUAUCGCCGGACAGGGUCAGCAGGCGUCGGAGAGCACGGCGGCGUCCACGGUCAGCCUGGCCUCGACGGCCUCCUCUCAGAACACGGUGGAGUCGGCCCACCUGGAGAACGGCGAGAACGGAGUGCACCGGCCGGACGAGCCGGCAGAGACCGACAGUCAACCGGGCACCGCUAAACGGUCCACACAUAACAGGACCCAGAGCACCGUUCACGACCCGGGCGCGCUGUACCGCUACGACAAACUGCUGGCCGGCGAGGCGCGCGACCUGCUCGUGUGCUUCCUGCACGUGGUGCGCCACGUGCCCGAGGAGCUGCUCAUCACGUGGUGGAGGCACGCCGCCGAAGAGGACGUCAUCAACUUCUUCACACUCGUACAGCUGUGUCUGUCCCAGUUCCGGUACACGGGCGGUGUGGUCACGCGCGCCACUCACCCGCGCACCUCCGAGACCAAGAAGGCGUUCACACUGCCGGCCAGGAUAGAGUCGCCCGGCGGGCCGGCGGCCGGGCUCAACAACGCGUCGUUCACAGAGUCACCGGCCGGAAAAGGCCCGUCGCCGUCGCCGCCCUCCACGCCUCACCUGUCGAGCGAGGCUGCGCUGGUGUCGCUGGACCUGUGCUGCCUGUACUCGGCCCACUACUCGGAGCGGCUGGCGCUGCGCGGCGGCCAGAACGCCCAGAUGGCGCUGCUGUCGGGGGUGCUGCUCAGCCUGCUGCACCCGGGACAGGCCGAGGCCGUGCUCAGACACGUGUUCGCCGCACUCAGGAUGUUCGUACAGCGGUACGGCAGCGCGCUGUACCAUGGCACUGCGGAGCUGUGCGGUCGUCUGUGCUACGACCUGCUACGCUGCUGUAACAGCCCUCUGGCCAGCUCCCGGCACGAGGCCUGCGCCGUCCUCUACCUGCUGAUGAGGGGAAACUUUGAGUUCACCAACCGCAAGGCCAUCACCAGGGUCCACCUGCAGGUGAUAAUCAAGGUGUCCCAGCUGCUGGGCGAGUCGGUGGUGCUCGAUUCGUCCCACUUUUACGAGAGUCUGGCGCUCAUCAACAGCUACGCCAACAGCGACAAGGCCAUGACGCGCACCAGUUUUGUGUCUGACGUGAAGGACCUGACGAAGCGGGUGCGGACCGUGCUGAUGGCCACGGCGCAGCUGAAGGAGCACGAGAACGACCCGGCCGUGCUGGUGGAGCUGCAGCACAGCCUGGCCAACAGCUACGCCAGCACGCCCGAGCUGCGGCAGACGUGGCUGGCCAGCAUGGCAAAGUGCCACGUGAGGGACGGCAACCUGUCGGAGGCGGCCAUGUGUCAGGUGCACAUCGCGGCUCUGAUGGCCGAGUACCUGCUGCAGCGGGGAGAGCACGAGACCGGCUGCGCCGCCUUCCGAGCCAUAUCCGACAACGUGGUGCGGGACGAGAACAACCUGCGACUCGAUCACGGUAUCGGUGACCUCUGCUACACGGAGGACUCGCUGGUGGCCCAGCUGAAGGUCUGCGCAGAGGCUAUGGAGGCGUGUGAGAGGCACGAGCUGAUCGCCGACAUCUACGACAUCCUCAUACCCAUCUACCGGAAACGCAGGAGCUACUCCGAGCUGUCGCAGGUCCACCACCAUCUGGAGCGGUGCUACAACCGGAUAGUGCAGCUGAACGCCUCCGGACGCCGGCUGCUCGGCACCUACUUCCGGGUCAUCUGUUUGGGCCAGAACUACUUUGACAAGGACCAUGACCGCGAGUACGUGUACAAGGAGCCCAAGGUGACGUCGCUCUCGGAGGUCAGCGAGAAGCUGCUCCAGUUGCACGUCUCCAAGUUCGGCAGGGACUAUGUCAGGAUGAUCAAAGACUCGGCGCCGGUGGUGAUGUCCGAGCUGGACCCGCGGUUCGCCUACAUCCAGGUCACCCACCUGACCCCGCACUGGGACGAGGUCGACCUGGACGCGCGACCCACCGAGUUCGAGCACAACAACAACAUCAAACAGUUUAUGUACGAGACGCCGUUCACGCGGGAGGGCGGCGCGCACGGCACGGUGGAGAAGCAGUGGCGCCGGCGGACCGUGCUCACCACCGACUACUGCUUCCCCUACGUGCGGACACGGAUACCCGUCAUACGCAGACAGGAGUACGAGCUCUCCCCGAUCGAGGUGGCCAUCGCCGAGAUGACCCAGAAGACCCGAGACCUGCUGGACGUGGUGGAGCGACAGCCGACAGACGUCAAAAAGCUGCAGCUACGGCUACAGGGCAGCGUCAGUGUGCAGGUGAACGCCGGCCCUCUGGCCUACGCCUCGGCCUUCCUGGAGGAGAGUGUGCAGCGCACCUUCCCCGGCGACAAGGUCUACCAGCUUAAACAGGCGUUCCGCGAGUUUGUCGAGGCGUGCCACCGCGCGCUGGAGCUGAACCACCGGCUGCGCGCCGACGACCAGGCGGACUACCAGAGCUCGCUGGUGGCCGGCUUCCGUGACCUGGUGGCCGCGCUGGGCACGAUACUCGGCGAGAGCUUCCCCGUGGAGCUGGAGUCGGCGGCGCGCAACUCGCAGCAUCUGAGCGUCUACACGCUGCUGAGCAGCGUCACCGGCUCCAGCUCCGUGUAAGCGAGGAUCGAGGGUGGGAGGGGCGAGAGACGAGGACGGAGACUGAGACAUAGACACUAGAUGGCGGUGGGCGACAGGGGACGGAGACGUAGAUUGAGAUGGAAACCGUAGAUUGAGAUGGAAACUCAGACAAAGGGGAGAGAGACGGAGGUGACGGAUCCGCGGGAGGCGGUAAAUGCGGACGCACGUCUGUACCAGCUCUCUGCUGUCUGGCUCGGCUGCUGUGGUGCCAUAUGCCUUGCUGAGGAUGACUGUGGUGACUCCGGUAUAGAGCUGUUGAGCCGAAAACCAGAGAUAACUCGUUAGGAGGUUACUGUGUGAUUGCGGGUCGUGCCCUGCAAACCUGUUCCGUCAGUUUGCGAACCUGCUGCGUCAGUUGAUCUGUAUGCCGAUUUUAUGAGUCUACUGCAGCGGGUCGUUAGCAUGCUGCGUCAGUUAGCGCCUCCGCUGCGUUACUUUGUGAAGUUGCGCGUCACUUUGUGAAGUUGCGCGUCAGUUUGUGAAGUUGCGCGUCCGUUUCGUACCUGCUGCGCGGCCGUUCCCGUUUCUGCCGUUCGUUUGUGCCAAAUGUGUGCUGUUCCGAGCUGGAGUACAGCCGAGCGCUGCAGGGUAUCGUUACGGUCUGAUCUGCGCCGCUGUUGGUGGAGUGAGUGAGUGUCCGCCCGCUGUCGGUGGGCGAAUGUCGCGAACCUUGUGCGUUCCCUCCACAAUGCACUCCGUAGUCAGCCGAAUUACAGUUCGACACUGUCACGCCAGGCAAUAAUACCACAGUGCUCAACCACUGAUGAUGCGAUAAUGUUACAAUGCUAGUCAUUUUGUAUUUAUUUGUGUUUUAACUUUGUGGCUCUCCGUAUUUAACUCCCUGACAGACUACUCCUCGCGCGAACUGCUGUGCUGCUCCGCGCAAAUGUGUUGUGUUUCGUUCUGUCGCGAGCAGAGGUGAACCCGUGCCUCAGUCAGUGUGUCUGGUCCGGUAUCCCUGUGCCUUCCCCGGUGAUCACGGUGACGUGGACGGUGAUGUGUGCCCAUCGAGGCACGAAUGUUCUCGUCGGAAAAUAGAAUUGCGAUAUUUCGGUGA